GUGAAACCUUGCCAAGCUGUCUUUCCUGUAGAGCCUUGCAGCUCUGUGCCAUAAUCACAGCCUUUUGCCAAGGAUUCAGGCAGUUAUAGCUGUGCUGGAAGAGGAUAUCAACAUCUCAACUCUACUGCUCAGAACUUCAGACGCAUUAAAGUCAUCAGACAGAAUGGCUCUUCUGAUCGCUCUGCUCAUGAUAGUGGGAGCUUUUGGAACAGAGUGGAGUGUGAAGUACAACCAACAGAAAAUCUGUGCUUUAAAAGGAUCCACAGUGUUUAUGAAUGGAACUUUUACUCACCCAAAACGUCUCACAGUGAAGGAGACUUUCUGGACUAUAGACCCAGUUCCAGGGGUGGAGCCGACUGAUCUGAGUAAAGACCCAGAUUAUUCAGGCAGCGUCAAGUUUUUCACUGAUAAACAGAAACACUUCUCCCUCAAACUGAGUGAUGUGAUGAAGAAGGAUGAACAUCAGUUCUGCUUCAGAAUCAAAACAAAUGAAGAAAAUAUAAGAUGGACAGGUAUUCCUGGAGUUCAGCUCAGAGUUACAGAGCUCCUUGUAGAAGCUCCUGAAAAAGUGACAGACGGACAAACAGCAGAUCUGACAUGUAAGACCACCUGCAGUCUGAUUGACCCAACAUUCAUCUGGUACAAAAAUGGACGUCCUUUAACCACAAAGACCAUCAACAACAACCAGCUCCACCUGCAGACGGUCAGCAGUGAGGAUGCAGGCAGUUAUAGCUGUGCUGUAGAAGGAUCUCAACACCUCCGCUCUACUGCUCACAGUCUCAGAGUCAGAUAUCCUCCAAAGAACGUCUCGGUGUCCAUCAGUCCCUCUGGUGAAAUAGUGGAGGGCAUUUCAGUGACUCUGACCUGCAGCAGUGAUGCAAACCCACCUGAGAAGAUCUACACCUGGUUUAAGAGAUCGGCAUCAAUAGGAGAAGGAAAAACCUACAGCAUUCCCAACAUCAGAUCUGAGGACAGUGGAGAAUACACAUGCCAGAGUCUGAAUGAUCUUGGAGAGAGAAGAUCCACUGCUUUGCAGAUAAAUGUUCUUUAUCCUCCAAAGAGCGUCUCAGUGUACAUCAGUCCCUCUGGUGAAAUAGUGGAGGGCAGUUCAGUGACUUUGACCUGCAGCAGUGAUGGAAACCCACCUGUGAAGAUCUAUACCUGGUUUAAGGUAUCAACGCCAGUAGGAGAAGGAAAAACCUACAACAUUCCCAACAUCAGAUCCUUUGCUGGUAGGCAGCACCACAGGCUGAUCCGUUACAGGAUUGCGUAA